AUGGCUAUUAUUCUUGAGAAACCCAAACCCAAGCGCAGGCAGAAGAACAACUCCAACAAGAUGGAGAAACGUUUUAUGAACGUUCGAACCGUCGCGAAGCGACGAAGGGCGUUCAUCGUCAACAGAGGUUUCCUUCCCCUUCCGCCGGGGGUUGAUCCCAGUGUCGUCCCCCCUCCCCCUGCACAAGUUAUCAUGGACGGCAAGACUGACGAGCAGCGCGCCGAAAACCCGACCCUCGACAAUAGCAACCUCCCCACGGAUUGUGAGGGCCACCGUAGGGCCAGAUAUCGUAUGAGUAGGGCGGAGAUGGAGGAAAGACUACGACUUCGCGACACCAGGUGGGCGAACCGUAUGAACGGAAUCAAGAAGAUAUUCUCGCGGCCGCUCAGAUUUGUGGCCAAGUUAAUCUUCCCUCCGCCUCCCCCUCCCGCUCUGGAGCCUUACCCGCGUAUCCUUCCUCUUCCUCGAGUCGUGCCGCCACCUGUUGAAGAAGUCGCGCUCCCGAAUCACGCACACGACCAAGUCGACGUGCCACAGGUGGAGCAUCAGCAUCAGCUCACGUCCGCCGACCAAGGUCCUUCCCAGCAGUCGUUUGUCGAGCAGGCCUCUGUCGUUCAGAAUGUGCCCGUUGAACAGUCCUUCGUCGGCCAGUCUUUCGUUCACCAACCCCCUGUUGAACAAACCUACAACAACCAUUCCUUUGUCGCCCCUGUCGAACAGCCCAACCAAUACCAGCAACAGUCCGAGCAGGUGUACUAUCAGCCAAACCCAAGCGUGGGUUACGAAGCCGACAUGGAGGACAUGGACGAGGACGGGCCUUCUCAGAGUUACGCGGCUCAGGCGCAGGCGCAGCAACAAGCAGCAUUCGAGCAGCAGCAACGGGCUGCGUUCGAGCAACAACAACAAGCUGCGUUCGAGCAACAGCAACAAGCCGCGUACGAACAGCAGCAGCGGUAUCUGUUGGAGGCGCAGGCGCAAGCGGCUAUGGCCCACCAAGCCCAAGCCCAGGCUUAUGCACAAAAUCAAGCGCCUCCUCCUUAUUCAGAGGAGUUGAACAACGGGUAUGCGAACGCGUACAAUCAACCUCAGCAUCCUCAGCAGUUCAUUUACCCCGGAGCGACAUCUGCCCCAGCUCAACCUGCGUGGAACGAGGCUGGAUUCAUUAAUACAGCUCUUCCUCAGGAAUGUCACCAGCCAGCGCUUCUCCAAGCCCAAGCCGCCACCCAACCCCCUCUCAAAGAAGCCUCCCCACCACCCGCUCCUGCUCCAGCUGAGCCAUCCUCUCCUAUCUACACCCCUGAACAACGGCGUGCAUGGAGGGAGAAGAUGCAGAAGAUCUGGGCGGACGAGCCCAAGAGCAAGCCGUGGGUAUUGAGCACCAGUACUUCGAGCAUUAGUUUGCCCAGCCAGGAAUUGGGGAGGAACUCGAAGAGUUCGGGAGUUAAGGCUUCUAAGACUGUUUCGAGCGAGAGGGAGAUUAAGCCUCUCCCACCUAGGACUCGUGUGCAGAGUGCGCCUAGUGCGCAAGGGAGUGGAUCUAGCAGGCAGGGAAGCGUUUCGAGCAAACAAGGAAGUGUUACUAGCGCACCGAAGAAAGGGACUUGGCGUCUCCCUGAGCCUGAGUCGUCCUUUGAGAAUUUAGAGGCGGUCGUACCCGACGCCACAACAAAGAAGCAGAAGAAACGUCCCAUUGAAGAUACUGAUGCGGUCGAUACUACGACCAAGAAGCAGAAGAAGAAGCGGUCUGUUGAAGAUGGUGAUGCUGUUGAGCCUGAUACCAAGGAGAAGAAGCAGAAGAAACGUCGUCGCGCUCCUGAGACUGCUGUUGAGUCUACCUCUUCGAAGAAGCGGAUUGUUGAGCCUGCUUCGAAGGCGGUCCCCUCGCGCUUGAAGGAAACUUCCUCGAGCUUGAAGCUGUCUUCCUCGAGCAUGAAGCCAGUCCCCACGACCUCCAAGCCAAUCCCCUCGAUGUCGAAGCCAGUCCCUUCGACCUCCAAGCCACUUUCGCAGACCUCGAAGGAAACUUACUCGAGCUUGAAGUUGACUCCCUUGAGCAUGAAGCCUAUCCCUUCGAGCAUGAAGCCAGUUCCUUCGAGCAUGAAGCCAGUCCCCUCCACCUCCAGGCCGGUCCCUUCCACCUCCAAACCAGUCCCCUCCACCUCGAGCUCGACCUCAAAGAAGCGCAAAGAAGCCCCCAUCAUCAUCGUCGAGUCCGACGCAGACCCAGAGAUCGACGAGUCAAUGGUUAGGAAGUCGAAGCGGUCCAAGACGUCUCCACAGAUGGAAGAGCCGGUUGCGACUAGGAGGCGCAAAAAGAUGCCUGCGCCUACCAAGGUUCUGGUUCCGGUUGAGGAGCUGGAGAGCCGCGAUGGGAAGUGGGAGAUCCCUGUUGUUGGGGGGUUGUUGAGGGCUUUUGGGCUUCGUCGUUGAGCGGCGGCGGUUCAAGCUUUCGAACCCGACAAGAAUUUGAAAUGAGGUGUAUUGGGAUGGGUCUCGGUUUUUGAUCAUUGCUUUUCUGACUUUUUAAGUUUUCUCUUUUGAAUUUCUUUCUCUCUUUCCUCCUGGUUUCGUUUUGCUGAAUGUCUGCUCUGGAUCAUUGCAUCGUGUUCUGCUCGCUCCUAGCCCGCCUUGGUAUCUGAGCGUAGUGUAUUAACUUGUACAUAGUAGAAAGUCGCCUACUGCUCUUGUAACCUUGAAUAAACGUGUUUGAAAUCGGG